AUGUUUAAUAUAAUAUUAUUUGUCAUCAUAAUUGAUGUCAUUAAGGCUUUGAAUCGUGAUGUGAAUACAUUUAGUAACUAUAAUGAGAUAUAGAUUCAUAAACUCCAUAUUGAAUGGUUAUUAGAUUUGAAUUAAAAGAUAAUUAAUGGUACAGCUGAGUAUCAUUUCAAUGUCAUCAAAAACAACAUCAGAGAAAUUCAUCUUGAUAUUUAUUAAUUAGAAAAUAUACUUGUAUAUGAUCCUCUAACUGGAUCUAUAAUUAGACAUGAAAUUGAAAAUAUGUAGGAGCAAUCAUUAAAACAGGGAGAUAGAUUAAGAAUCUACCUUCCCAAGACUUACAAUAAUGGUGAUUAAGUUAAAUUAAGAGUCAAAUAUGGAGUAACAGACAAAGCUAGAGCCUUAAGUUUUAUGAGCAAAGAACAAACUGAAUCUAAAGGUAAAGAAUUCUAUAUAUAUAGUCUUGCCAUAUCUCUAUUCAUAUUGUUAGGAUAAUAAUUGUAGAUCUAUGAUUCCAUUAUAGGAUACUCCAAGUAUUAAACAGUAUUUUAGUGCUUUGGUAUUGGUGAAAGAUCCCAGAAUUAAAGUUUACAUGACUGGAAAUCUUCUGAAGGGAAAACCAUUUAAAAGAAUGAAUUCUUAUAGUGAGUCUUUAACAGAAUAUCAUAUAUCAUUAGAUAUCAAAAUUCCUAGUUAUCUGUUGGCAAUUGUUGCUGGAAAUUUAGAAUAAAGAAAAGUAGGUAAUUAAGAAACAAGUCAUUCAUAUGUAAUAACUGAACCUACAAGCAUAGAUAGAGUUGCUUAAGAAUUAGAAUUCUUAUAAGAUUAUGUGGAUGAAUUGGCAAAUUAUAUUGGACCAUAUGAAUGGGGAGAUUAUAAGAUAGUAAUAUUGCCACCUUCAUUUCCACUUGGAGGAAUGGAACAUCCAUUAUUAACUUUUGCCAGUCCAACUAUUAUUGUAGGAGAUAAGUCAGGAGUUGGAACAGCUAUUCAUGAAAUUGCUCAUUCUUGGGUUGGGAAUACUGUUACUUGUUCAGAUUGGGCUAAUAUGUGGAUAAAUGAAGGGUUUUGUACAUUUUUAGAGAGAAAGAUCCUUGAAAAGUAUAAUGGAAUUGAUUAUUCAAAAAUGUAUUCAUUUUUAGCUAAUGAUACUAUGUUUUAAUAGAUGGCGAGAUAUGGAAUGGAACAUUCUUAUUCAUCAUUACAUCCUAAUACUACAGGAGAAAAUCCAGAUGAUAGUUAAUCUGUAUUUUAUAUUAUUGUUAUCUAUUUUAGGAAGUUCCAUAUAAUAAAGGAUAUUAAUUAUUAGUAUAUAUUGAAUAAUAGAUUGGGAAUUAAAAUUUCCAAAAGAUGUUAUAAUAAUAUAUCAUUUAAUUUAAAUGGUAAUCUAUAGAUGAAGAUAUCUUCUAUAGAUAUCUUUUAUCUUGGAUUUCCACUAAUUUAGGUAAAGAUCAUCAAUCACUUGCUGAAAUUAAAUCUAUAUAUAAAGAAUGGGUAUAUAAGCCAGGGAAACCUCCAAGAUAAUUGGAUUUUCAUACUGAUGCUUAUGAUUAAGCUAUGGCUUUAGCUAAGGCUUGGUUAGAUAGUAAAGGGUAAUAGGUUCCAGAUAAAGCUUAAGAAUAUAAUAAUUAUAUUUAUUAUCAGAAGUAAUAAUUCUUAAAUGAAAUUGCAUCCAAAGUAAUAAUAUUAUUAUAUAGAGUAGUAUAAUGAUAUGACAGAUAAAACAUAUUAAUUGAUUGAUUAAACUUAUCUAUUAUCUGAAUAAAAAGAUUCUAGACUUCUUUAUAGAUGGUUGAUUGGUUGUUUAAGAGGUAAAUUUUAUGAUAAAAUUGAUGUGAUUAAAAAUUUUAUGGGAACUCAUGGAGCAAGAUCAUGGUUAGUUAAUAUGUAUGAAACUUUAUUUUAAGAUAAACCUGAUUUAGCUAGAGAAUGGUUUUAGGAAUUUAGAAAUUUCUAUCAUCCAUCUGUUGUUGAUGCUCUUGAAAAUGGGAUAUUUAAAAAUAGUGUACAAAAAAUAGUUUAUUGA